AUGUAUCACAGCCUUGAUGAAGUGUCAGAGCCAGAUUUACAUACUUACCCCAACUUGGCAGCCUUCUUCUACCGAACACUGAAGCCAGGGGCCCGGCCGCUCGACCCUGAUCCGAAUGUGUUGCUUUCGCCGUCCGAUGGGCGGGUGCUGCAGUUCGGACAGAUCGAAGGUGGUGACAUCGAGCAGGUUAAAGGCAUGACCUACAGCAUCGAAGCGCUUUUAGGAAAGAACACGCCACCACCGAGUAUUUCUGACCAGAGCUUGACUGAAGAGCAAGCAAAAGCCGCGGGCUCAGACACAAAAGGGCUGCAGAAGGACGAGGAGGUUGUGAAGCAGGAUGAGGAAUUCGCUCGCGUCAACGGCAUUUCGUACACGCUCCCAAACCUGCUGACUGGACCGUCUAUGUCGAAAGCAGAUGAGGUCGAGGAUCAAUCAGUAACGCCAUCCCCCAGGUCCGUUUCCGAGGUGCGAGCGGAUCUUGCGCUGGGUGAGAAGCCGUGGUAUGAUAUGCUUUCAGAGGACCGGAAAACCUCCCUCUUCUACGCUGUUAUCUAUCUUGCUCCAGGCGACUAUCACCGUUUUCACUCGCCAGCCAAUUGGGUUGUAGAACGCCGGCGCCACUUCGCUGGAGAGCUAUAUAGUGUUUCUCCAUACCUGCAGCGGACUUUACCGGGCCUGUUCACCCUGAACGAGCGCGUUGUUCUUCUUGGACGAUGGCGCUGGGGCUUCUUUAGCUACGUCCCUGUGGGUGCGACCAAUGUUGGUUCUAUCAAGAUCAAUUUCGAUCGUGAGCUGCGAACGAAUAGCCUGACAACCGACACCGCGGCAGACCGCGCGGCCGAAGAGGCUGCAGCCCGCGGCGAAGCAUAUUCCGGAUUCUCUGAGGCCACCUACGAGAGCGCCAGCCCCGUGCUUCAUGGACAUGCGCUGCGCCGGGGCGAGGAAAUGGGUGGGUUUCAGCUGGGUAGCACCAUCGUCAUGAUAUUCGAGGCACCAGUCGGAGGAGUAGAUGAGGCUGGCUUCAAGUCUGGUGGAUGGGCCUGGAACGUUGAGAAGGGGCAGAAGGUCAAGAUGGGCCAGGCGCUUGGCCGCAUCAGAGAGUAA